UGCGUCAGUUAGAGAGCAAAGUCAAAGUGUCAUAAAUAGCUGUUGUUUCAGAGCAGGCACCUGAGGUCGUUUCUUUCGACCGAACGCUUUCUGAGAAGAGGGCCAAAAAACACUUCUUCAUAGGGAGACUUCCCCAAAUAUACACAGGCUGGGGGACUGAAGGACACAAUCAUGGUGGUUUUAAGGAAGGGAGAUUAUGUGUGGGUAGACUGCAGUGAUGGCGUCCAAAUAGGAGCUGAAGUGCGACUCUCAGACACUGGGCAGCUUCAGCUCAUUGACGAUGAGGGAAAGGAGCACAAGAUUAAGAAGGAGAGCACUCUGAAGCCCAUGCAUCCCACCUCAGUGAAUGGUGUGGAUGAUAUGAUUCGUCUGGGCGACCUGAACGAGGCUGGACUGUUACGAAACCUUCUAGUGCGCUACAAAGAAGGAGCCAUCUAUACAUAUACAGGGUCCAUUCUGGUGGCAGUGAACCCUUACCAGCUGCUGCCAAUCUACACUCCGGAGCAGGUGGAGCAGUACACAGACCGGCGGUUGGGUGAUCUCCCUCCACAUGUCUUCGCCAUCGCUGACAGCUGCUUCUUCAACAUGCGCCGCAACCGCAAAGACCAGUGCUGCAUCAUUAGUGGGGAGUCUGGAGCAGGGAAAACAGAGAGUACCAAACUCAUGCUGCAGUUUCUUGCAGCCGUGAGUGGUCAGCGCUCCUGGAUUGAGCAGCAAGUUCUAGAGGCCAACCCUAUCUUAGAAGCCUUUGGUAAUGCAAAAACCAUCCGCAAUGACAACUCCAGCCGCUUCGGAAAAUACAUCGACAUCCACUUUAAUAAAAGUGGAGCAAUAGAGGGUGCUCGCAUUGAACAGUACCUACUCGAAAAGUCACGUGUUUGCCGACAGGCAUCGCAAGAGAGGAACUACCACAUUUUUUACUGUAUGCUCAUGGGAAUGCCUGCUGACCAAAAGAAGAUCCUGUCUUUGGGAAAUGCUGCAGAAUACAACUAUCUCACCAUGGGUAAGUGCACUUCGUGUGAAGGGCGGGACGACAUAAAAGAGUACGCCAGCUUUCGUUCUGCAAUGAAGAUCCUGACAUUCACAGAGAAUGACACAUGGGAAAUUAACAAGCUUCUGGCCUCCAUCUUGCACCUGGGAAACGUAGACUUUGAAGAAACCAUCAUGAACAACCUUGAGGGCUGCGAUAUUCUAUCUUCUACACAUUUCAAAAUGGCUACACAGUUAUUAGAGGUGGCCCCAAAUGCCCUGGAUGCAAGCUUGACACAGCGCUCUCUGAUGACCAACAGAGAGAGUGUAACUAAACCUCUGACCUCAGCACAAGCAUUGGAUGGCAGGGACGCCUUUGUGAAGGCCAUCUACGGAAGGCUGUUUGUGUGGAUUGUGACCAAAAUCAACAGUGCCAUUUACAAACCGCCUUCUGAUGACCCCAAACAUGUCAGACAUUCCAUCGGCCUGUUGGACAUUUUUGGCUUUGAAAAUUUUAAAAACAACAGCUUUGAACAGCUCUGCAUCAACUUUGCCAAUGAGCAGCUUCAGCAGUUCUUUGUGAAACACGUCUUUAAGCUUGAACAACAGGAGUAUGCUCGUGAAGACAUAGUCUGGAAGAACAUCGAAUUUAAUGACAACCAGAGCACACUCGAUGUUUUGGCCAUAAAGUCUCUCAACAUUCUUUCCCUUAUUGAUGAAGAGAGUCGCUUUCCUAAGGGCACAGAUGCUACAAUGCUCAACAAGAUGAAUCAGCAUCAUGGAAAGGGUGAUAUCUACAUGCCCCCAAAGAACAAUCACGAGACACAGUUUGGAAUCCGGCAUUUUGCUGGAGUUGUCCACUAUGACUCCAAAGGUUUCCUUGAGAAGAACCGAGAUGCUCUGAGUAGUGACAUCAUCCAGUUGAUACACACAUCUUCCAAUAAGCUCCUGAAGCAGAUAUUCCACAGUGAGAUCAGCACCAUAGAGGGGAAAACUAGCAUCAACCACACCAUCGUCACCCCAAAAAGCUCACUUCGGCAAACAGCAGACACAAAGAAGCAAGUUCCAACAUUAACUGGUCAGUUUCGCCAGUCGCUUGACUCUUUGAUGAAGACUCUAACUGCCUGUCAGCCUUUCUUCAUUCGCUGCAUUAAACCCAACGACUUCAAGAAGCCUAUGCUCUUUGACAGGGAGCUGUGUAUCCGUCAGCUUCGUUACUCAGGAAUGAUGGAGACUAUCCGCAUCAGGAAGGCUGGAUAUCCCAUCCGCCACACAUUUGAUGAGUUUCUGGAGCGUUACCGUGUGCUCCUCAAGUCCACAGUUUGUGAUCCCCAAACUGAGACUGUCAAGAAAUGUUGUGAAAGCAUCUGCAAGAUCAUCCUGACUGAAGAUGACUGGAAGAUCGGCAAGACAAAAGUGUUUCUGAAGGAUUUUCACGAUACAGUUUUGGAGCUGGCUCGAGACAAGGCUCUUAACGAAAAGGCACUCCUUAUUCAGAAAGUCCUGAGAGGAUACAAACACAGGAAAGCGUUCCUGAGGAAGCGAGGAGCAGCUGUGACCAUACAGAAAACCUGGCGUGGACACAAAGGCAGAAAACUUUACAGAGUGGUCCAGUUGGGUUACGCCCGUCUGCAGGCUCAAGUUCGCUCUCGUAAGAUGGCCUGGGAGUACAAACAGAAGCGAAAGGCAACUCUUCUGCUGCAGUCUCAGACUCGUGGAUGUCUGGCGAGAAAGGAGUGGAAACGAAAGAGAGACGCAGUGAUCCUCCUGCAAGCGUACACCAGAGGAACUCUAGCUAGAAAAGCUGUCAAUAAGAUGAAGAGAGAUGCUUUCCUCUCACUCCAGGAGCGCAGGGCUGAAGAACUUGCUGCUCUAGAGAGACAGCGGAGGCUUGAGGAAGUUCUGCGCCAGAAAAGAGAACGAGAGGCGGCUCAACAGUUAGAAUCUAUUACAGAUCAGGAAAUGGUGGAUGAUAUCUUUGGCUUCUUACCUAGCAUGGUUGGUGGACAGGAGGGCCAGGCCCCUGUGGGCUUUGAGGACUUGGAGGGCAAGCGGACGGUGCUUGAGGAGGUGGAUCUGGAUGAUGCUCCAAUGAUGCCCAUUCCAGAGGAAGACUAUGAUGAUUUGGAUGAGUACUCCUUCUCCAAGUUUGCUUCCAUGUAUUUCCAGGGCGCUGCCACACCAACACACAUUCGUCAGAGAUUACGCCAACCUCUGCUCUACCAUGAGGACGAGAAUGAUGUCCUGGCUUCAUUAACAGUUUGGUGGAUGAUCUUGAGAUUUAUGGGUGAUCUUCCUGAACCGAAAGCUCAGGUGGUCUCAAGAAGUGGAACAGCCUUUGCCGAUCGCUCUGUGCAGAAAGAUGUGGCUUCCAGACAGGACAGACGCCUUAGCCAUAUGGUUGGCGUGGACCAGAGAAUUAGAAAUUCCAGAAUUGUUCAGAACAAGGCCGUGCCUACAGUUCCGGAAGAGGCUUCUCGCAACAGAAAGUCUUCCACUUUUACAGACUUACUGUCCCGGAGCAGAAAAUCUGUUCAAGAUGAUGGUGUUCCAAACCGCAAACUAUCAGCCUUACCAGAACAGGGUCCCAGAAAUAGAAAGACCUCCACUUUUACUGACAUAAUGUCUCGAAACAGAAAGACCUCCACAGCUGAAGGACCACCAUCAAACAAAAGAUCUGCUAGAAAACCAUCAGUUAUAGCAGAAGAGGCAGAGGACGGGUCUGAAGUUCCCAGACAAUCCACUGUGCAAACUAUAAGUGAAGAAGAUGAGAUGAACACAGAUGGACUCACUCUGGACCGACCAAUGACAUCUCUUGAAAAGUUGCAUAUCAUUGUGGGAUAUGCCAUUGUCAGACGUGACCUCAGAGAUGAAAUCUACUGCCAGAUCUGUAAGCAGCUCCAGGAGAACUCAAACCGCGGAAGCUUUUUUCGUGGCUGGAUCCUCCUGUCUAUCUGUUUGGGCAUCUUUCCUCCUACUGAGCGCUUUAUUAAGUAUCUGCAGAGUUUUCUUCGUUUUGGUCCUGUGGGAUACGCACCUUACUGUGCUGAGCGUCUUAGGCGCACUGUUGCCAAUGGAGUGCGUGGAGAGCCGCCCAGCUGGCUUGAGCUCCAGGCCACAAAGUCCAAGAAACCCAUAGCCAUCUCAGUGACUUUGAUGGAUGGCAGAACGAUCAGCAUGCCUGUAGAUUCUGCAUCCACAUCUAAAGAGGUCUGCCAGAUGCUCUCACAGAAGGUCAAACUUCAGGACACGUUUGGCUUCUCAAUUUACGUCGCUUUAUAUGACAAGGUUUGGUCUCUUGGUAGUGGCCGUGAGCAUGUGAUGGAUGCCAUCUCUCAGUGUGAGCAGGAAGUGAAGAGGAAGGGGGGGCAGGAGCAGCAUGCCCCCUGGCGUCUCUACUUCCGUAAAGAGGUCUUUGCGCCUUGGCAUGACUGCGCCCAGGACAACGUGAGCACAGACCUGAUCUACAGACAGGUUAUCAGAGGACUGAAAUAUGGAGAGUACCAGUGUGAGAAGGAAGAAGACUAUGUUGGGCUUGCAGCAAAGCACUUCUAUGUCCAGCAUGGAUCAGACAUCAGUAUGGAGAACACUAAGACUGUAGUUAGGGAAUGCAUUAACUCCAAACUACUGGAGGCCAAGUCAGAAGACAAGUGGGCCCAGAUGGUCAACACAGCACACGCACAGGGCCCCUUUAUAACCUCUAGAACCAAGUCUGAUAAAGUAAAAGCUGAAGUGGUUGACUUUGCUCGUCAGAAGUGGCCCAUGUUCUUUUCCAAGUUUUUUGAGGUUGCCAAGUUAUCUGGUCCUCCUCUACCAAAGAGCAAGUUCAUCCUUGCCAUAAAUUCAACUGGAAUAACUUUCCUUGAUGAACGAGAAAAGAAUCUUCUAAUUCUGUCCUACCCAGAGCUCACCGGGGUCAACACUAUCAGAGAAAGGAAGUGUGUUUGUUUGCUGACUCUGAAAGGAGACUUCACACUGAAUGCAAUCAUGGCUGUAGAAAUCUCUGAUCUGGUAGCCAUGUUUCUGGCAGGCCUCAUACAACGUUCACAAUAUGCAGUGGCCCUACAGGAGGUCAACAGACAAGACGAUAGAACAAUUCUGAGCUUUAAGAAAGCCGAGCUCAUCUACCUUAUCAAGGAUGAAGAGUUUUCUGCAGCCCGUGGCUGGUUGAAGGGGAAAAAUGAGCGGACUGGGGAAAUCGGUGCAAUCCCUGCAGAUGCUGUAUUGAUUCUUCCAACUCUUACGAAACCGACCAAUGAAGUUCUGAGCCUCAUCAGCUUGUCACCAGAUCAGAGAAAGACCAUCAUAGACAACACUUCAAAGGGAACCCUUACUGAAAGAGUGGCUCCUUCAACUCUAAAAGAGUUCUCCGUUGAAUAUUUCAGGCCGCCCAUCAAAGAUGUGAACCGUCAGGUGAUAUCAAAGAAUGCAACACCUGAGAGACUUUGGGCGAACUCCAGAGAGCCCAUCAGACAACCUCUGCUCAAGAGACUGGUGGGAAAUCCAGAUUUAAGCCCGCAAGCCUGCCAGGUUUUCACUGCUAUUUUGAAGUAUAUGGGUGAUUAUCCCACCAGACAGGUUCAGAGCCCUCUGGAGCUCACAGAUCAGAUCUUUGGCCCACCUACACAAAAUGAGGAGCUCCGAGAUGAGAUCUACUGCCAGAUCAUGAAGCAAAUGACCAGCAAUAACAACCGGUACAGUAUAGAGCAAGGCUGGCAGCUGCUGUGGCUUUGCUGUGGUCUUUUCCCUCCCAGUAACUCUCUAAUGAAACACGCUCAGCGUUUCAUUGAGACACGCAAACGAGAGCCAUUGGCCACUGACUGCCUUCAGAGACUGCAGGGGGCUCGCAGAAUGGAUCCCAGAAAACUUCCACCUCACCAGGUUGAGGUUGAUGCUAUUCAGCAGAACAGCACCCAGAUCUUCCACAAAAUUUACUUCCCAAAUGACUCCCAAGAGAUAUUUGAGGUGGCAACCAAUACUAAGAUCAGAGACCUGGUCCGGACCAUUGCUAAUAAACUCAUGUUGUCCACAGCUGAAGGUUUCAGCCUCUUCAUGAAAACUCCUGAUAAGGUUCUGAGUUUGAACGAAACAGACUACUUCUUUGACAGCCUCAGACAGAUUACUGAUUGGUCCAAAAGAGCAAAGAGAGUGAAUCAAGGGGCUCCAGUGAAUGUGUCCUACACUGUUUUCUUUAUGAGGAAGCUAUGGUUCAACAUUAUCCCUGGGAGAGAUGUGGAGGCAGAUCUCAUCUUCCAUUACCCACAGGAGUUGCCGAAAUACUUGAGAGGUUAUCAUCGUUGUACAAAAGAAGAAAUGGUGAUGCUCGGCGCACUCCUCUUCAGGGUGAAGGUGAACAAUGAUAAAACUCAGUUUCCCAUGAUUCCUAAGAUGCUGAAGGAUCUGGUGCCAAAUGACCAGCUUAAAGCCCUGUCUGCUGAUGAGUGGAAGAAGAGCAUUUUUGCAGAGUACAACAAGCAAACGGGCAUGACUGUGGAAGAGGCAAUGAUCGGCUUUUUGAAGAUUGUCUAUAAAUGGCCCACAUUUGGAUGUGCCUUUUUUGAUGUCAAACAAACGUCAGAGCCCAAUUUCCCGGACAUUGUGAGGAUGGCCAUCAGUAAGCAAGGCAUCACCAUCAUUAAUCCCAAAACAAAGGAUGCUCUAGCCAUUCAUCCAUAUAACAAGAUUGCAAACUGGUGCAGUGGAAGCACAUACUUCCACAUGACUGUAGGGAACCUUGUCAAAGGCAACAAAAUCCUCUGCGAAACUUCCUUGGGCUAUAAAAUGGAUGACUUGCUGACUUCCUACGUCAACAUGUACCUUAAUGAGAGGAGAGGACAAAGACGAAAUCAAACCUUUGACUAAAGAAAAAAGAAUGUACAGUGCUGUUAUUUCAACACACAAACACACACACACACACACACACACACACACACACACACACACACACACAUAUAUAUAGGUUUAUAUAUGAUAAAACAGACUGCAUAAUUGUUUGCCAGACUGCAAAAAAUGUUUGUUAGACAUGCAUUGUUAAAUUUUUUUUUUUUGCAUCUUGCAAAAAUGUGUAAUGCCAAUCUUUUUAUUUUUCUUCUUAAGACAAUCUUAAAUCCAUGUUUUCAAAACUAAUAAAGUAUUAUAGUCAUCAAAUCCCAUUUGUGAUGAAUUCUAAGUAACACUGUUAAAUAAAUGACUAUAACCAUUUGUA